AUGGCGAUGUCUGCUGCACCUGUUGUCCCCCAGGACUUUGGCCCGGAGCCUGAGGUCAAGUUUGUCCCAGCUGAGCCUGCUCCAGUUGGUCCAGAGCCUGUCAUUGCACACGACCCUAUUGAUGUUCCAGUCGUUGCUCUUUUGCCUGAUCCUCUACCAGAGCCUGACCACGUUGAUCCACCAGUCAUGGCACCACACGUCUUGAUGCACCAGUCAUCAUAUGCUGACACCCUUAAUGGGUGGAUCGAGGAUGAUGAUGAUUAUCCCCCGUUUGUUCUACCAGUCACUCCACCCGCUGCACCUGCUUUUGCACCGCUUGAUAUUCCCCAGUUCCACCCACACGUAUCCGAUGUCCACCGCACAGACUUACCCAUCACCUUUCUACAGGACAUACCCCCUCCCCGUCCAGGGGAAGGACCUUCUACUGGGCCACGCGAUCACAUGCCACCUACAACAGCAGCUUUUCCAUUUAUGCCCUCUUUUACUCCGGCUGCACACACUACAUCUCCCUUUGUACCAUCUGGCGAGCCAUUUUUGUGGUCAUCGCCCAAUUUCAUGCCCUUAUCAGACCCGUAUCACCCUUUCCAUGUCGGAUAUACUUCGGAGGACAUACUUAUAUCCCUGCAGUUACAGCAGGGUGCGUUGAGACGACAAGUCCAGGAGUUGGAGAGGAUUCCGCGUCCUCCCCCUUGUCAUUGUCAGUCUCCUUUUGCUACACCACCAGCUCCUCUUCCACUACAUCCAGAGCAGCAGAUUGCUUACCUGUUGCGCGUUGUCCACGCACUUGAGGAGGAUUGGGUGCGUAUGAGCCGAUUGCUUUUCUUCCCUCCUCCUCCUCCUCCCCCACCAUCAGCUUGA